AUGGAGGAGAAGACAGCUAACACUACAGAGCUGACGGCACUGCUUGUGGUGGCUCCGUCGGAGGUCACUAGUGCCGCACGCUUCUACCGGCAAGUUUUUGGUGCUACAAUCGUGAACAAUGAUCUAGAGCUGGCUGAGAUAAUGAUAGGUUCAAACCUCCUUAUCAUCACUUGUCCGUCCCGGCCACACCUAUCGGCACCGAUGCUGUGUCUCCGGCUCGGAACAGUUGGCUAA